AUGGAGAUCGAGCUCGCUUAUGGUGAAUCUCGCGGAUACUGGAAACAUUAUUCACCCGGGAAGUGGUUCAAACAAGCGAAAGCCGUUGGCAAGAUCAACAACGUAAAAGCUACUCUGUUAUUUGAUUCUGGUGCUGAAGUGUCGAUCAUUGACACCACCUUUGCUCGUGAGGUCGGUUGCAAUAUUGACGAAAGUCAACGACAAGAAUGUAUCGGGAUUGGAGAAACUCCGUACAUGACGGUAGGACGUACCAAGAUCAAGGUGACCCUCGCGGGAUCGCUGGUAUACUAUUUCAAUGUAUGGGUAGGCGAUCUGGCAGGGCAAGAAGCGAUUCUGGGUAUGGAUUUUAUGGUGCCUGCUGGAGUGCGGCUCGAUCUAGCGGAUGGCGCGCUAUGUCUACCAGAAGAAAUCCGCAUUCAUCUCGCAGGACGUCGCCCCGCGUACGGAUCGAAGAUACAACAUAUAACGGCGAAGGACCAACACGUGGUGAUCCCGGUCGGAGAGUCAAGGGAAGUGAAGAUCGGGAUCGGAGGGGCUAAGAUGAAGUUGUGGGUCGCUAGAGGACUAGAUUGGGUCCCCACUGUGAUCUCGGGGUGGGGUAAGACGAAAUACCUGCAGAUGACCAACAUUGGCGACCGGGAGAUCAUACUGCCCACCCACACUAUAUUAGGCAUGUGGGUCGAAGGCGAUAUGGUACCGCGGACCCAAGGUUUGGUGACAGUCGGGUCGGGGAAGUACAAGGAAUGGCAAACUCUGGCAUAUGAGGCUACAACGGAUCGAGUGAACGAACUCCCGAAAGAACCGAUCGGACCAUUGGUAGAUCGUCCUACGUAUGCCGCUCCCAAACGCAUCUUGAAACGUCCGUCUGAUGCGUUACAGAACCUGUCUCCGGCGAUCUCCACGGUAACGUCGCAAGCUAACGAUGACGAUUCGCAAAAGGCAGAUGCUGUAGUUGCGAGGGAAGUAACGGUCAGGGGAGCCGAACUAUCGCGGAUGGAGAACGGUCAUGAGAUCGGUACCCAACAUGCAACGAAGGGAGACCGCGACACCGGUCAAGAAGGGCUACGUGACAGAUCGUCUCUACCGAAGGCUGAGCCGACUGACCGACUGUUGAAAUUGGGCCAGCCGGAAGAGACGAAGGAGCCUAAAGAAGAAAUAAUGCUAAAUACUGAAGACGUCGAGAUUGCAGAAAUACCAGUUUAUCACCACGAGAGCGGAGAUUUGUUUGCGGAAGAUAUCGAGCAGCAUAUGGCCGUGCUACCAGAGAUGUCGGCGACUACGGAAGAAGUUACGAUUGAGGACAUUCAGAUCGGUGAUCCCGAUGUGCCUCUCACCACAGAUCAACAACGGCUCAGAUCGCUGAUCUGGAAGAGCCGUCACCUCCUCAUGGGUAAAGGUAAUGCUCUACCACCCGCAGCACGAGGCGCGAUCUGUGAUAUUGAUGUCGGUGGGGCAGCACCGAUAGCGCAAAGAGUGCGUCCGGUCGCACCCAAAUAUCGGGAGAAGCUGUCAGAUCUCAUCAAAGGACUAUUAGCAGCCAAAAUCGUUCAGCCAUCCACGUCACCUUGGGCGUCUCCGAUAGUGGUGAUCAUCAAGAAGAACGGAGUGGAUAUUCGCCUUUGCAUUGAUUAUCGAAGAGUUAACCAGCUGACGCGUCUGAUGGUUUAUCCCAUGCCGUUGAUCAGCGAUCUGUUGGAAGAUCUGGAUAAAGCUCUAUGGUACUGUUCGCUAGACAUGGCUAGUGGAUUUUGGGUCGUCGAAAUGACCGAACGAGCAAAACUGAUCUCAGCGUUUGUCACACCGUUUGGCUUGUUCGAGUGGCUGCGAAUGCCUUUUGGGCUUAAGAACGCGCCCCAGAUCUACCAACGUCUGGUGGACAAUGCGUUGUAUGGAUAUCUCAAGAUCGGCCAGAGAUCAGCUUCUGAUGGCCCGAUCGACGUGUUCAAAGAUGGAGAACCUGAGACAGAUCGACGACCGUCUAUACUGGGACGCCGAUCUUACAUUGACGAUAUUCUCAUACCAGCCGCGUCAUGGGGAUCUUUGUACACAAAAGUAGAACGGUUGCUGGAGGCAUGUGAUAAGUGGAAUCUGUCUAUCAGCCUCACGAAGAGUUUUUGGGGGUGCCGUAAGGUCGAUUAUUUGGGACAUCGAGUGUCGAUGGAUGGUCUGGAGGCUCAGCCCAAGAACCUAGAGUCGUUGGUUAACAUCCCGUUUCCUAGCACGCUACGAGCUAUGCAAUCCUUUCUCGGGAGCUUGAACUACUACCGUCGCUUCAUUGAGGAUUUCGCGGUGUAUGCCGCGGUGUUGUAUGAGUUAAGAGAAUCGGAUUUCUUCGAGAUCGGCCGAUCUCAGCUUGCAGCAGGAGACGAAUGCUCCAACGAGGGUCGAUGGACGGAAGCCAAGGUUGCUUUCACUAUGCUAAAAGCUAAGAUAGCUACAGCUCCCAUGCUCAAGCAUUUCGACCCAGAUCGGUCCCCCGUAAUCGUGGUCUACGCUAGCAAGUGGGCUGUCUCAGCGGCCCUGAUACAGGAGUACGAUGGCGUGUACCAUCCGGUGACGUUUACUAGCCGCACUUUAAAGCCUAAUGAGCUUAACUACGGAAUGGUAGAAAAAGAAGUGCUGGCGCUACUUCGUGUGUUGGAUGUAUGCUAUACUACGCUUGCCUCGCGGGAGAUCACUGUACUGACCCGACAUUCUACGUUAGCCUGGUUGAUGCAGUCUCGAGGGCUCAACGGGAGAUUAGGACGGUGGGCUGCUUUGUUGUCAAAUUGGACUAUGGAGGUGAAGAAAUGUGAAAGAGGAGAGGAAGAAAUCCUGGGCAUGUUAGCAGCGAGUAUCACUCCGAGAGGAGAGGUGGAAGAGAUGCUGAUUGCGAUCUCCCCACGAAAAGACUGUCGACUCAAAAUAUCGAUGCCUCCUCCAACGGUGGAAACAGAUGAGGAGUUGCUGGUAGCCAGUUUCGAUGGAUCGGCUAGGAUAAAAAAGAAAGGAGGGUCGUUCAGUGCCGUGAUAUGGAAGUUACCCGAAUGGACGAUCGUGGCGGCCGAAUCGAGAUAUGUUCACGAUCUGACUGUGAAUGAAGCUGAGUAUAAUGGCUUGCUACUGUGCUUUGAGUUACUCGCCGGUCUGGAUAGGGGGCGAGUAAUACUGUGUGGAGAUUCCAGUCUGGUGAUUCGACAGAUGCGCGGUGAGAUCGACUGCAAGGCACCGGGCCUUCAGCUUCUGAGACACAAAGCGUUGGAGAAGCUGCAGUCAUGGCCUAGUCACGAGUUUCUGCAUAUGAAGCGAGAGUGGAAUCAGAGCGCAGAUCGACUAGCCAGCACAGCAUUGCAGAGCGAAAAGGGAAGAACGGUUGUAGCUGAAGAGGAUCGGCAAGAUCUGAUGACUCUGAACCGUCUCGAUGAAUUGUUGAAGCCCAAGCAAGAUGGUCAGCUAGCUCGGGUAACUGCGAUCGCGAGAUCAGCCAGGAGGAUACGUCAUGAACCUGAAGUGAUACAGGAGGAGAUAGUACAGAGGAUCAGGAUUCAACGAAUUGUCCAAGCUCAAGAUGAAGAGCGUUGGAUUGUCAAUCUCAAGACAUAUCUAAGUGGCGAUGUAUCAAACUUGGAUGCGGUAGAAGUGAAGACGUGCGCCAAACUGGCGCCGGAUUACGAGAUCGAUGAGAACAAUCUGCUAUUUUUUUGCCCCAUGGCGAAAAGAGAGUCGGAAGAUCGCGAUGGUUUGAUGCGGUUGGUGAUCCCUGAGACGUUGCAGCAAGAUUUUUGCAUCAUUAUCACACGAGUCUGGAAGGAGGCCAUCAGGGUAUUGGCCGAACCUAUCAGAGGAUCAGAUCGCGAUUUCAUUGGAGAGGACUGUAUCGGAGCGUUCAACGAUAUGUGGGCGAAUGUACCGACUGUGAGACCGGGAAAGGAAACCCGAUGA